AUGCCCGUGGAAAGCGGCACGCAUCUGAAGAGCAGGAGGGAGGGAGCCACUGCAGUCCAUCACGUCUUUCUCGAGAUACUACCUCAGCAACGUGAACAGCCCUCUCUGUUUAUUCUCAACGUGUACAACCCCCCUCGCUCCACUGAAGAUGCGUCUCUCCUAGCCUUGCUCCGUGCCGCUGCAGCGAAAGCAGCCAAAUCACCCCUUCUUAUUCUCGGCGACUUCAACGUCAAGCAUCCGGACUGGGGUUACUCGAAGGCAGAUGGCCCCGGAAGGAGGCUGUGGCAGCUCGCUCACGACCUCAACCUUUCCCUGCUCACCGACCCCACGCAACCAACGCGCAUCGGCAACAGUGUGUGCCGCGAUACCACCCCGGACCUCAGCUUCUGCCGCAGCGUGCGCGACGCGCGCUGGUCUAACACGCAUCAGUCCCUCGGCAGUGACCACUGUGUCCUCACCAUUCAAGUUCUCACCUCCCCCAGCAAGCCGCGCCCACACACGGCCCGCUAUACAGACUGGGACGCUUUCCGAGAACGCCGGUUGCACUCCGCCACUUCCAACAUCGAGGACCUCUCGACGUGGACCGACCAGCUGCUAGCGGACCUCGACGCAGUCACCGCCUCGAUCCCCACCACGGAGGACCAUCCGGCAACUGACGCCCGUCUUGCCCACCUGUGGGCCGCCCGCACCGGCCUUUGCAACCGUUGGCAGAAGCAACGUCACAACCGUCGCUUACGCCGCCGCAUCGCGCACCUCGAUCGUACGAUCGAGCAACACACCACCGCGCUCGCCCGCCAACACUGGGAGCAGCUCUGCUCGGGUCUCUCUGGUCAGUUGGGCUGCAAACAGUCCUGGCAUCUCCUCCGCCACCUCCUCGACCCUGCUUCCGCCAAGUCGGUCGCUCGGCAGCAGUUACAACGAGUGGUCCGGGCUUACCCCGGCGACACUCCGUCGCUGAUGGCAGACCUGUCCGCCAAAUACCUUCAGCUUCUGCCUCCUGGCACACCUCCUCCCCCUCUCGCGUCCUACUCUGGGGCCCCCAACCCAGUACUGGACGCCCAUAUCACGGAAGCGGAGGUCUACGCGGCAUUACAGAAGCUCCGCACCACUUCCGCCCCCGGCCCAGAUCGCAUCCCCAACAAGCUCCUCCGAAACCUCGACGCCCCUUCGGUUGCUACCCUCACUUCGUUCCUCAACGAGUGCUGA